AUGUCAGCCGGGGCCUGCAGAUACCCACGGACUUUCAUAGAACCCGCUAACGUUAGUUAUGCCAUACAAGGCAUGGCAGACAGACAGGACAAUGAGGUGGAUGAGGCAGACCAGGUGUACCUGCUGAUGAAGGAGGAGUACCGUAUCUCACGCAACGUAUGUCUGGCCUGGUUCCUGGGAAAGCUCAACCAGGUCAUCUGGCCUGCCCCAAAGUCUGAACUGCUGAACUCUGAGAAUGAGCUGGACCUGCUCAGCAUCCUUCCCAAGGGAUGGCAGACAGAUUUCUCCCCCUCCACCCUGCCGUACCUGCUGGUACCCUCCACCCGGGUCACCUUCCUGGCCCGCAGGUACCGCUUCAUCAUCGAGCUGGACCUCAGCCCCUCCACUGGCAUUGUGGAUGACAGCACAGGCAAGAUGAUAUUUGACGAGGUGUUCCAUGCCUUGUCACGAUGCUUAGCUGGACUUGUCCGACGCUUCAAAGUUCCAGGAACAGAUCUAUUAUUUCAGUCGGAAAUCUUCGUCACUAUCCUGGCUUAUUCCUCCAUCAUAGGGCUCAAUACACACCAGGUGUUGGUGCAGGGUUGUCAGCUGGAUCGUACAGACAUGGACAGUUUCCUACACCAGAUCUAUCAGCAGCUUCGGGCAGUGGAGAACAACAUAGCAGAGGUCCUACAACAACAGCACGGCCAUCUUCAACGGCAACAUGACCUUCUGCAGCAGCACGGCCAUCUUCAGCAGCCCGACCAGUUUGAUGGGCCAAUCCCAUGCCCCGGGUUCGGCAGUGACAUCAUCGUGGAGGAGGUGCCUGUGAGGAAACAUGGCAUUUCCAUGGUGACUGCAGAUGUAGGGCUGGUCAGCAUGGUGCAACAGGGCAUCCUAGCUCUACAGCUGCUGCCCCCCAACUCCAGCGCAGGCUUAAUCAUAAUUACAGAUGGGGUGACCAGUGUGCCUGAUGUGGCUGUGUGUGAGACCCUUCUGAACCAGCUCAGGAGUGGAACCAUCACCUGCUCCUUCAUUCAGGUGGGCGGGGCCUACUCGUACGACUGUAGUUUUGGGUACAUCCCUAACGUUGAGCUGAUGAAGUUCAUCUCCCUGGCGACCUUUGGCUCCUACCUGUCCAGCUGUCCUGAGCCUGACCUGGCCAGUCAGGAUAUGAAUACCUACCACAAGGCCUUCCUCACAUACUCUUUCCUCAAGACCAGCGAGUCCAUGAACCCUGAGUACUACUGUGUGUCUCAGCACAAGCUGUUCAACGAGCACCUAGUGUCAGCCAGUGGGAACCCUGCGUUAGUGAUGAGGAGGAAGAAGCACACAGAGAAGGAGGUGCACGCCCACCUGGUCAGUGUGGUGUCGGUCAGACUGAGAGAGGGAUACACCAUCAGGGAGAUCAACCUCACCAAAGGUGGCACGCAGCUGGAGGUGAAGCUGGUGUUGCUGUGGAAACACAACAUGCGUAUAGAGUACCUAGCGGUGGCCCCAUGGCCCCUGGACCCUGCCAAGAGGACCACCUGUGUAGAGGUCACCAUGGAGGGAAGCUACGACAUCCUCCAUGAUAUCAGCUGUACUCUGAGGAAACCCAUCACCUCCCCAUACCGCACCUCCAUCAUACGACGCUUCUGGAACACACUGCAGAGUAUAAACCAGACAGAUCAGAUGCUGGUCCACAUGCAGUCCUUUAACUCUCUCCCAGAGAACUACACCAUCCCUGAGAGCACCAAGAACGGAGUUCCUCUCUUCUACAUCCCACCUGGAUCCACCAUGCCGGUUCUCUCCCUCCAGCACAGCGGCUCUAAAGACUCCUCCCAGUCCCAGUUUGCGUCAUAUUGGAAGCCCAUCCUGUCCAUGGAUGCCAACUUCUGGCAGAGAUGGCUUCACAUGCACCGCAUCGCCAUCAUCCUGGAGCACGACAUGCCUGUGCCCAAGCACCUCCACACUGCCGGUAGCAACGGGCGUUUCAGCACCAUCCAGUGUCGUAUCUCUCACUCAGCCCUCACCUCCCUACUGAGGGACUGGAGCAGCUUCGUACUGGUGGAGGGAUACUCAUACGUCAAGCUCAUAUACAGUUCCUCUGACCAGCCCCCCAACUCCUUCUAUCUGGUGCGUCUGAUCUCCAAGGUCCCCUGUAUAGUUCUGAGGCUGGGCUUUCCUAUCGGCACCCUGGCCCACACCAGGAACAAGAUAGUGGAUGAGCUGCGGGAGCAGAUCCUGAGGCUUCACUUCCCUCAGCGCAUCCAGAACAAGGAGGCUACGCCCAAGACCAAGAGGAAGAUUCUGGGGUCCCCUCCUCUCCCUGCUCCCAAACCUGCGUUAUCUGACCGGCCAUGUGUGGUGGUCCUCAACAAACCUCUGGAGAAACUGCUCAUCAGCUACAAUAAGCUCCCGUCAGACUUCCGGACGCCCUUCAUUCUGAACAUGGAGAACUUCGCCCAGCCCCCCAGCAUGACCGCGCCACUCAGUAUGGCAGCCAAUCGGACGGCUUCGUCCACCCUAGCGUCUCUUUCGCGCUACUUUCUCCACCAACGGUGGGUGUGGGCGGUGCAGGGCGGCCCGGGAUCUACCGUUCCGCUGCAGGCUGUGGCUCAUAUACUGUCCAUGCUGUCUGAGAUUCGCCUCUCUGAGGGCUUUCAUUUUGCUGCCAGUGGAGAUGGCAUAGUCAACAUGGUGACUGAACUACCAAUGAAGGGGAUGCCAGAGGCGGUGGACAGAGAGAUUCACACCUGUAUUGUCCAGUAUAUCCUGUUUCCACCUCACUCCACCUCUACCAAGGACAGUUUCUCCACAGACGAUGACAACGAUACAGAGGUGGAAGCCAUCGAUGUGGACACCGAGCUCAACCUGGUGACCGAGUGUUGGGUAGAGCCUCAGAGUAGGACAGUAUGGAGCACCAGAGACCAACACAGACACUUCCAGGAGCUCACCUACCAGGAGAUACCCCAGGCGAUUUUUCCCCGGGAUCUGGCCUGUAUGUCCACCAUGAUGACGUUUGAGUACCUGAGCCAGCUGUGCCAGAACAAGGAGCAGGUGUACCCUCCCAUCGGGGCCGCUGCAGGGGGACCCCUAGCCUCUGAGGACUGCAUCCACACCGUUCCCUUCCAGUUUGACCUCAUUGAGCUGCUGCCCAAGUGCCAACAGAUAGAGAUCUUCUUCCUCACACUCAGCAGAGUGGAGAAUGAGGUGUCCCAGGGCGCCCCCUACUCGGCCAACGAGCUCCUGCUUAGUCUGUUUCACAGCAGCUUGCAAAACGAGCUCAGUGACCGCGAGAUCACAUUGGCUGAUUAUGAGAACGUCACCUUCAUGCAUCACAUCCUAGACAGGGAACGAGAUGGACAUGUUGCACCCUUCUCUCUACCUGUCAUCAGAGAAGAGUGCCUGAAACCUCCAGAGAGACAGGACACAGUGAUGUCAUUCCAAACUAUAGGGAGCAGUAAAGAAGUGACGGGGUCCACCUGUACCCUACAGAGUUUCAGCAAUGCUGACCUGGUGGACGAGGAGUCAGUCCCAGUUGAGAGGGAUGGGUCUACCCCUCAGUGGAAGUGUUACGCCAAGUACAUCAGCCCCCAACAGAUCCUCCUCACCUUCCUCCCUGACACCUUCACAGAUGUCCAGAUGUUGAUGUCAUCUGGGCUGGACACAGAGCCCCAGGGUAACGGAGAGGAUGAUGACACCCUGACAACCAGCAACAAAUCACAGGCCGAUUCUCACUCUGUCUCCACCAAUGGGCUGGAUGGUGGGUUGACUGGUGAUCUGAUGUCCCCCCUGCUCUCCCCUGGUGGUGGUGGUCCUGUGGGACCCAGGUCGCGCCUGCUCUCCCCUGGAUCUGGGAGCUCCAUGGUGGAGCAGGACAACUGGGAGAGCCGGCCCUGUGAGCCAGAAAAUGGCACCAAAGGUGUGGAUGAGAGGGAUGGGGUGCAGUUUGCUGAGCCCCAGAAGGGAGACUUCCACAUCACGUUCAGUCGCCAGGUGUGCCAGCAGAGCUCAGGGGACUUGUCCCGUCCGUGCUUCCCUGUAUACGUCUAUAACUGUUCCCUGGACUCUCUGAAGAACCAGCUAGUCCAUCCCCAUUUCAACAGGCAGCCAAGGGACAUCUUCUUCAGGUCCCUAUCUCAGGAACGCAGCAGCACCUCCUCCUGGACAGACCUGAUGUCGCAGCCUCAUAAACACAAGGAGCUGGCCAACUACUGCAGCCUGCUACAGGAGCACUACCACCACAGCUACGUCAAACGUAAUGCACUACCACCACAGCUACGUCAAAGCUACUCAAAGGUAAUGCACUACCACCACAGCUACGUCAAAGGUGUGUACCGCAGCCUACAGCAGUCCUACAACAUCAGUUCCCAGGACGUGCUGACAGCCAUGGACUACUGUGAGGAGUCUCUCCAGGAGAUAGACAUCACUUCCUUCCUCCAGACACUCUGCGGACACAUCCGGGAGUUCCGGGAGAGCCAUGGAGACGGAGGGGUCAGGGGUCACAGCAGCACCCCCUCCACCUUCACCUUCGGAGAGGCAGAGGAGGAAGGGCUUGCCGAGAGGGGACCCAUGGCCUCCUCAUCCAGUAUUGAGAUGGAGGAUGUGAGUGAGGCAGAGUCCAGAUGGAAGACCCCGGCCCCCACCUCCCAGCUCGGCCUGGAUGAAACCCCCAGGACCACCAGGAUACCAGAGUUCCCUCUGUCCCUUCUCCACCUGCAGCAGAAGUGUGAGGUCUACCCUGACCUGCACAAAAUCAUACAGGACAAAUUCAUGGAAAUUGGGGCUCAGUACUUCAAGACCGUGCCUUCCAAUCCCCACUACUUCUUCUACUGCCCACCAUCAUCUAAGAAAGUGGACUCUGAUGGGGAAGAGAAGAGACAACCUAGUGAAGAGGUUGUAUCAGAGGCUGAGCCUGCUACAGAGGACGAGUACAUGUCGGGCUGUUGCAUCGUGACAGAGAGCGACACAGACCUGGAGGUAGAGUACCAGGAGAGGCCUGGAGGCCGGAGAUCCCUAGGGGCAGACGGAGAGGGGGAGGAUGAGUCCCUGUCUGACUCCAACACCGUGAACCAGGACGAGGACUCAUUCAGCAUCCUAGAGGGAGACAGCCUGUUGGAGCCAGAGGGGCCACAGCCUGAGAUGCCCCCACUGUUCAUCCACCUCACCUGCUCUGUUAACAUGAAGAGCUGCCAUGGAUCCAUGCCCAUAACCACGCUACCCACCUGCCUGGGUGAGGUGAUCACGUGUCUGGAGAAUGCAGACACCCUGCAGGCUGUGAAUCUGAAUAAUCUGUCUGUCACACUGGACAUCUUUGUCCUCACCUUACCCCUGGAGAUAGAGGACAUGCAAUCAGACUUGAGACACAACAGGUACACGUCAGAGAGCAGUGUCUCUCUGAACCGUUCUCCAGGUCAGCCCUCCUCCUACUGCUCUGAUGAGGAUGUGAUGGGCAACCUGGACAGCCUCAGAGGAGUAGGGUUUGACGGGGUUGGAGGAGACCCUUUGUCCAAUCUCCCAAUUCCCCAUAAACUUGCCGUGUUAGCCACCAUGGAUGAGAUCCGUUGGCUCCUGGAGGAUGAGAUCGUGUCAGCUCUGCGUCACUCCCGGGUCAUCAGCUCGUCCACGCUACAGAAGGUGGCGGAUCACGUGUUUCGCUCAGGCGGGCGACCACGCUGUCACUGUGAGGUCGUUCCCCUGCAGUUUGUUUUCGGCCCUGAGCAGUCCCUGGAAAAGUUCAAAGAGGAGUUCCAUAGCAUGUCAUUCUCAGGUUACCUGCUGAACAGAGAGCAGGACAACUUCCACUACAUGUCUCUGAGUAGACUCCACCCACAGAGGAUCCAGGCUGCUAAGAGGCUGUCUGAGAGCACUGUUAACACUGAGGGGGCGGGACAGGCCUCCCAACCCACCAAUCACUGUGCUGAUGUGGACGACAGUACCAGGGCUCUGUCCAAUCAUGGUGCACCAGGAAGAAGACCUGACCACGAAGCAGAGGUGGAGAGGGUGGAGCUAGACAGUGAGGGAGAAGAGAAGACGCCUGCCGUCGGGGCUCUUAGUGAAUCUGGUAGUGACCCAGCCCAGGACCCCAGCAACCCUCCAGCCAAACCCACCCGGGCUGAUUCAGAAGAGGGCCCCAGACCUCGGUUGAGCUCAGUCGGUGCCACCUCCACAGCGGCGGGGGAUAGACCACGGGUGAGUUCUGUUGGUGCCUCCACCGGCCGACCCCGACUGAGCUCUGUAGGCAGAGGAGGAGAGGUGAUGGGACCUCAGCUGAGCUCUGUAGGCUCCUCCUUCACGGCCAUGGGGGAUCGAGGCCAGCUCACCACCCCUCAACUCCAGCCCAGCACCAGCACCGACCGCUCCUCAGAAUACACCACGUCCCCCAAGACCCCCUCCACAGUCAGCCUGGCCGAGUCGGUGCAGUCCACCACCCACAGUAGUGGGAAGCUGAGGCCCAGCAGAGUACAGAGUGUGGUCUCCAGUCAAGGCAGCCUGGACUCUGACAUGCUGGGUUAUGAUGGUGGCAGCAGUGACUCAAGAGGGGGGGGGGAGGAAGAAGAGGAGGUGCCAGAGUACUUACGGUUGCAUCAGAUGGUGGUGAGGAAGAUUGGGGAGAUCUGCCGUAUAGUCAAUCAGUGUCUGCUACUCCAAGACCUUAAUGACAGCCACGUGUGUAACUCUCUCCUGGUGGCAGAGAGUGAAGAGGAUAUCUGGAAGAACGAGUCCCUGCACAGACUGAGACUGGCAAACUCUGACGAUUACAAUGCAGAGGAGACCUACCAGCCGCGGGACUACCUUGCUGCCACCAUGCAGUUCAUCCCAGGUCACUUUGCCUGUGAGGUGGUGUGGAGCACUGUCAUCCACAUCCACCCUCGCCUCAAGAUGGGACCCAACAUGGGUGUGUCCAGGGCUAUCCAGGCUCUGCUGUCAGUGCUCAACGCCAUGUGUGUGGUUAACAGGAAGAGCAUGUUUGUCUAUCAGGAGCGCACCACCAAAUCAGUCUUCUACCUCCGACUUUCUGAGACGUCACAAACAGGGAAGUACUCUGACCUGGAUGGCAACCUGCGCCCCAUGUCUCGCUGUGUCGGCCUCGCCCGGAGCCAGGAGCCCCUCUUCUCUGAGGACCUCACGGGCUCCCGGUCAUUUCUGGAAGGUGCUCGGCCAGUGGGACAGGUGGACAAACACAUCCUGUUGCUGGUGCAUGGAGUGGGAAGUGCUGGUCCGGAGAUCACAGAUGAGCUGGUGAAGGUUCUGAAGAAGCGUCUGGAUGAGACAACCCUGGACAUCAUCACCAUCAUGCUGGGCAGGAACUGCAAACUCACCCCCGCUGACGUGGAGUUUAUCCAGCCGUCAGGCUCUCCAGCCACUGAGGUGAUGGAGUUUACUCUACCGCAGUGCUUCAUUCCCUGGACCCAUGCUGUGGCCCACUACCUCAGGCAGAACCUGCUGAUCUUCCUCCACAUCCCCAAGUACACAGACAGCUACGUAGAACACCACUUCAAGCACUACUUCAAUCAGAGCAGUGAGCUUCCUGACUCUGAUAUCUACCUCUACAAUAAGCCUGGGGGCCAGGGGACCGGAGGUAAAGGUAUUGCCUCUAUCGCCCUGUCGUUCGUGGACCCUCAAGGAUUCCCCCUGCAGGUUCUUGCCCAGGACUGCACUACACCACCCAGAGGAGACCCCUCCACCAUCCUCCUACAGCCAGAACAGUUUGACGCCCUGACAACUGUCAUCAAGGUGGACUCCAACAACCUCCGCUCAGGGUCAGAGAUGAGGGUACGAUUUGACAUCUGGGAGCAAGGUAACGUUUCCCCCCUCCAGCUGACUGACAAGCUGCGAGGAGCCCUGCGCCAUGCCCUCUGUGAUGUCAUCAUGGAACUGAGGGUCCUGCCUAAUCCGCUGUGUCUGGAGACAUUCUAUACCACACCUGGGAGAGAUCAGAGAGAAGACACAACUAACGGUCGUUUAAGUUCUCCUCCAUUGGAAGUGAAGGAAUUUAAGCACAGCUUCCUGCCUCGUAGUGGCAUUAGGAGUGUUAAGAACAGCCCCUCUCCAAUCACUCUGAUCCCUCCCCCCUCUGGGACCAGCCGCAACACCGGACCAAGCACCCCCGAGUCUACCACACCCACCGGCAAAACCACCCGCCGAAGCUUCUGGGAAAUACUGAGCAAGCCAGAUUCAUCUGAGCUGGGGAUCCCUAAGACGACUGAGGACAUCGUUCAGGAGAAGGGGGAGGAGGGUCGGACACGUAGGAGACACAAGACAGAGAACAUGAAGCAGCAGUGGAGCCAGGAGAAGGGGGAGGAGGGUCGGACACGUAGGAGUCACAAGACAGAGAACAUGAAGCAGCAGUGGAGCCAGGAGAAGGCCAUGGCUGUAGAACUGGAGCAGGCCCAGAGGAGACACGUGUCCCAGCUAGAGGAGGGGAACGUUGGGACCCUACACCCUCUGUACCAGGUCACCUGUCAGCCCUGGAUCACCUUCAUGGCUAAACUUGGAUGCCCGUCCAUUCAGCAGUGCACCGCUGAGAUUGCCUCCCAGUUCCUGCUUCCUCCCAUCCUGACAGAUAUUGUCAAUUUGGUCAGCUCCCUGGCCAGUGACACCACAGUCAAGGUGUUCGAGAGGAUAAGUUGUCCCCAAGGAGACAUCUUUGUUCCCCUGCCUCUGAUCCAACACCUCAGCCAACCACCUGCCACCUCUAGAACCUUCAUCCUCAUUGGACGGAACUUCCACCAGUGGCAUUGCAGCACAGAGCAAGCUAGCACCUAUAGAGCUGUCUGUUGUCAGUGCCUGCAUCCUGCCAGUGCCUGCAUCCUGCCAGUGCCUGCAUCCUGCCAGUGCCUGCAUCCUGCCAGUGCCUGCAUCCUGCCAGUGCCUGCAUCCUGCCAGUGCCUGCAUCCUGUCAGUGCCUGCAUCCUGUCAGUGCCUGCAUCCUGCCAGUGCCUGCAUCCUGUCAGUGCCUGCACCCUGUCAGUGCCUGCAUCCUGUCAGUGCCUGCAUCCUGCCAGUGCCAUGCUGUUUGUUUGUGCUCAUCUCUAUUUGCCCACAGAAGACAGUUCAGAUGAUGAGAACACCCCUGUGCUUAGUAGGUUCACACCUCAUAAAGGCUUCCAGCGCUUCGAGGCCUUGGAUCAGUCUGAUUGGUUCAGCCCAGGGCAGUCCUGGAGGGGCGUGGCCCCAAGGCAGAGGAUUCUCCUAAUACACAUCCUGAAGAAGAAGGUGACCCUGUACACCUAUAACUGGUCAAUGGACCUAGGAGCCUCUCUGAAUCGUGGGCUGGUGAGGCUGGUCCAGUGGCAGAACGCCAGGGCCCACGUUCUCCACUGUCUCCUCAACCAGAAGAUGGGUCUCUUCCACCACUGCUGCUUCUCUGACACACCGGCCCACGAAGACCUCAAACAGGAGCCCAACCCGUUCCUGAACCCGACCAUGGAGGCGGAUGCCCUGCUGAGGAGCCCGGUGCCUAGCAAGGACCAGGGCAAGCUGUUUAGCGCCGUCCGCUCCCUGGCCCCACUCCACUUCCACUCGGAGCUGGUGCCCUUUGACGAGGCCCUCAGGGACUUGGGGACGGGCCGCCCCCUGGCCAGUGCUCAGGACGGGGCUGACGUGGUGGCUCGGCAUGGGACCCAGCUACAAGAGGUCAAGGCUUCAGAACGCAGAGAGAUGGAGAAGCAGAUGAAGAUUGAGAACCUGUUUGUGACUUGGCAGCAGAGGUCAGCGCAGUCCAACAUGCCCAUCUCAGUGGUGGACUUGGACACUCUGAAGCAGUCAUCCAGACUAGUGCACUAUUGCGUCACCCCUCUGCUCUUUGACCCCGUGUUCAGGAAGCAGAUCCAGGAAGAGCAGAUUGUCCAACCUCAACAGGUCAAGAAGCGUCAUCGCUCCAGUGACUCCACGGCGUCUGGCAGGGACCGUAGCUACAGCACAGACUCAGCUGACAUGCUGCCCAGCCGGCUGAGAGAGGAGCCCUGGCUGCAGGACAUCUCUAACACCUUCCUCCAGCAGUAUGUUCAGUACCUCCAGAGUAUGGGCUUCAUCCUGGUCCAGGUCCGGCCACAGUCCCCCGCACGCAGCAUCGCCAGGGCCCGGGCAGCCAUGUUCAGCUCAUUGUCGUCAGAGAGGCAGUCCUUCUCCUAUAACAAGACCAGGAGCGAGGACAGCCCUAAGAGCACAGGGUCGGGCACUACCGCAUACCACCUCCAGAGGGCGAUGCCAGGGGGCAUCGUAUUGAUGGAGCUUGCCUUUCAGGGUUGUUACUUCUGUGUGAAGCAGUAUGCUCUGGAGUGUUCACGCAUCCCCAUGGGACAGACCGUCAACUCUCAGCUCUCCAUGCUUUUCACAGAGGAGUGUGAUAAGGUGCGUGACCUGAUACAUGUGCACUCGUUCAGCUAUGACUUCCACUUGCGGGUGGUGCACCAGUACCUGGUGGGCUGUCACAUGACCCUGUGGCAAGGAUACCAGCUGACCGGCUUCCUGGAGGACUUCAUAGCCCAUCACCCUGACAUCCCCAAGUUCGGACGAAACCACGUCUUCCAGGGGAGUUUCUCCAUCUCUACAGGGAUGAUCACAGCUCACCAGCUGUAUAACUACAUCACUGACCACGCUGGCACCUACGGCAUGAAGCCCCUUCGCAUGUCCAAGGCUGCAAUGACCAGCGAUGGCAAGAAGGGAGCACCACCCAGCAGUGACUUGCAUGAGUACGGUCUGGUGGCACUGUGGAACAGCUCGGGCUCUUACAAGGACCUUGAAGGCCUGCGUCACCAUGACGAUUUUGACGUGUCCCUGCUGGUGUGUCACAAUGCCGCUCCGUUUGAGGAGCAGUCGGAUGGAGAGAGACAUCUUCUGAGGCUGCGUUACUACGUGAUAAUGACCAGCCAGAGAGAGCUGUUCCCCCGGCUGACGGCUGACAUGCGCCGCUUCAAAAAGCUUCCCCAGAUACACCGUGAGGUCAGCGACCUGGCAGGAAGGGUUCCCCUUGAGAGAGGUACAGAACCAGGCGGGGCACUGGAACUUGAACUGGACCUCUGGGAGGAGACCCCACCUGCAGCCUCAGCCCCAGACACCUUCAUCUCUACCCCCAGCGAUGGGAACGAGUUCUAUCCUCUGACUGGCCCCCAGGGGUCUGGGGCCCAGGGUCUCCUCUACCCCUCUCCUCUGUUCCCCCUGCUCAAUCAGGAGGUGGGCUGUGCGCGGAGGCAGAUCCAGGCGAGCGUGGAGCAGGCCAUGGGCCACUGUCGCAGGGACAACCUGUGGAGGAGGCUGCUCCAUGGAGAACACCAGCACCUGGCCAUGGACAAGCUCAAGUUGAGCAAACUGUCCUUCAGCGAACUGGAGGAGCUCCUCAACGCCGUGCAGAGUCGAUCUGUAGGGGAGAUAGACCCCCAGCUGGACUGUUUCUUGACCAUGAGUCCCAGCUGGUACCAGAGUCUGAUCAAAGUGCUGCUGACUCGCUUCCCUCAGAGCUGCCGACACUUUGACGAGAGUGGCAUUCAGUAUCUGGCUGUCCUGAACCAGAAAUUCACUGACUGCUUUGUUCUGGUCUUCCUUGACACUCAGGCAGGAAAAACAAGCCUCAAGGUUGUAUUUAGGGAGCCAUUGCCAUCCCAACUGCAGCCUAGCAACAGCCCCCCGCCCCAGCUGGUGUCCAUGUAUCAUCACCUGGAAUCUGUGAUCAACACAGCCUGCUUCAACCUGUGGACAGGCCUGCUGUAGGCCUGGAGGGCCAAUCAGGGCCAGGUGGGCCACAGAGAAACAGGCUGCUGGGAGGUGUAGUUCCAGACAGGCGACUUCAUUUAUAGGCCGUCUUGGCAUGUGGGACACCAAAAAAGGAUGUUAUUGUUGAAAAGUGCUAAAUUAGCGAAUCAGAGAGAGUUCACAUGUCAAAGCUUCCUGUGCAAUUUAUCAGUGGUUUACUCAUUCUACCACUGGGAGAAAAGAUACACACUAUUGUUAAAGGGAUAGUGCUAGAUUUUGGCAAUGGCUGUACCUGUAGACUUCCAGUCAUUGCGCUAAUGCUAGUUAGGCUCGCAAAACUACCUUAAACUUCUUUCAAACUGCACGCAGAGACAUACAAAUGGUAUCCAUGAGUUCAUCUGACAUUGAAAAUAUCUUGCACCAUCCCUUUAAAGCUACAAUCGUUAAUUGAAACAAUAACAAAGCGGUCACCCGGCCUGUGUUUUGGUAAAAAGCUGAGGGAUGUGCCUGGAGGAAUUUA